AUGUACGAGGCUCAUAAAGGAUUCCGCACGCAAGUUCUCACGGAGAUGCACAAGAGGCAUCGCAUAGUCCGUAUAGGUCCCAACUCACUUUCAGUCACGGGUGUAGAUGCGAUCAAGGUGAGCAACUGCCUAACUUCAGAUAUCUAUGGACACGGGACACCUUGUUCUAAAGACCUAUUUUAUGAAGUCACAAGUGGAACGCAUAAACACCUAGCCGACGUCGUGGACAAGAGCAGUCACGCUCGUAAGCGGAAGGUCAUGUCGGCGGCGUAUGCCAUCAAAAAUCUCGAGGAAUGGGAGUUUAAAGUAGCCGAUAAGACUCUGAGGUUUCUUAAGGCCUGCGACAAAGCCUGUACGACGCCACUGACUCCGGGAAUGAAGGAGCCCGAUCCCGCGGAUCUCACGUUCGACUACCGCAAAUGGACGAACCUUUUCACCGUUGAAGCUAUCGCCGAUAUUGGCCUCUCCGAAAAGCUCGGUUUCCUCGAUGCCGGCUCAGACAGGAUCACAGCCGAGCGUCUGGACGGGACCACUUACGAAGUCAAUUUUUGCGAAACGCUCCACAGCACGGCUCUCGCCCAAGUCUGCCUCGUUUGGUCAUACCCAUGGUUUAGGUUUAACGAAUAUUUAGCCCGAAUUCUAUCCAGAAGAUUGCGUUGGCUCCUUGAUCGUGGCCAUAGCUGGAAUGAUAUCAUCUACCAUCGCACACGGAAGAGACUAUCUCGAUAUCAUAACGGCGAGAAGCUCGACGACUUCUUCCAGGCAUUGAUGGAAGACAAGGCGGGUAAUCCUAAUAAUGCCGAAUUUGGUGAAAUAUUUGCAGAAGUCUCGAUCAUGAUGAAUGCUGGCUCUGAUACGACAGCCAUCGCCAUGACAAACGCUCUUUACAACCUUCUUGCGAACCCGCCGACGCUCAACAAGCUCCGCCAAGAGGUGGACUCAGCUCUUGACGAAAGUUAUAGCAAUGAGCAUAAUGACAUCGAACACUGCGUCGCCCAAUAUUCCAAAGUCAAGCAUCUGCCCUAUCUUCGUGCCGUCUUGGAUGAAUCACUGCGCCUUUUCCCACCGGUUACGUUCAAUCUUCCGCGACGUACGCCACCGGGCGGCUGCUUUGUGGGUUCCGAGUUCAUCCCCGGUGACACAUCUGUCAGUGUUUCAUCCUGGACGGCGCAUCGGGACGAGUCUGUCUUUCCAGAGCCAGAAAAGUUCAUACCCGAAAGAUGGCUGGGAGAAAGUAGCACCGAGUUACAAAAGGGAUUCAUUCCAUUCGCGCUCGCGGCUGUAUCGGACGUAACAUCUCGUACCUCGAGCAAACCGUUCUCCUCGCUUCAAUCGUCCACCGGUACGAGAUGGCGCUUCCGAGUCCGACCUGGAAGCCAGAGAGAACGGAGGGGACGAACCUUUUGA